AGCCAAUCAGAUGAGCGGAAGUUUAACGUUGCGGUAAUCCGGUUCAGACGUGACAAGUGCGGCCGACUGAACCUGAACCCCGGUCCUAAUAUUCUGGCCCCCGCAGGGCUCCUAAGACUAACCCCUCUUUCGCCUCACCGCCGAGCUGGAGGCGCGCGGAGGACGCCAUGGUGGACUGAUGUGUGCCGUUGCGACGGGGUGCUUCGGUGCAGCGGGGAGAAUCGUUCCUUUGUAAGCUAGUUCGGUCCGUCAGUUGGUAACCGUUGGUGAUGUUGCACGGCUUCGUCCUCCCCAAAAAGGCCGGGGCCGAGCCUGUUAUUGCUGAGCCCGGAAAGAACCGAGGCACUCCGAUGAGAGCGAGGAGAGACCCCCGAAGCUUCUGGUAGCACGCCGGGUUCCCUGGACACGGUUAGCCCCCCCCCCCCCCGAAACCGCCUCCACACAGAUUCCUGUUGAGAGGGAUACCCCCCCAUCAGCCUUCACGGUGGAAACGAGAAGAAGAGCAAAGAUGAACGCUGUGCGGGCCGGGACAGUCACCUGGCGUCCCCAGCCGUGGCAGGACGGGGACGGGGGUGGAGGAGAACCUCUGUCGGACAGCGACUCGGAGGAGGAGGACUUCCCCGACGACAGCACCACGCCACUGGGAGACUACAUCACACAUGGACUGAAGCAGCUCCUUGAUGCUCAGCAGCUGUGUGAUGUCACUCUGCUUGUCGAAGGAAAGAAGUUCAUGUGUCACAGAGUCCUAUUAGCAGCUGUCAGCCCCUACUUUCGGGCCAUGUUCACAAGCCCUCUGGUCGAGUCCCGCCUCACCGAGAUCCGGCUGGAGGAAGUGACGCCGUCCGUCAUGGAGACUGUAAUCCAGUUUGUGUACACCGGCGAGGCGGGGCUCUCCCUGGACACAGCCGAGGAUCUGUUUGUGGCCGCCAACCGGCUUCAGGUCAUGCCCCUCCAGGACCUGUGCUCCAGGUUUCUGUUUGAGCACCUCUCAGUGGAUAACUGCCUGGGGAUGUACUCUCUGGCCCGCUCUCACCACGACCAGCUUCUGCUGCGGGCCUCUUUGCGGCUGGUUGCCCAGCACUUCCCCCGGGUGGCCCGGCAGAAGGACUUCCUCCUGCUGGACCACGGCACCUUGGGCAGCCUCCUGAGCUCCGACCGCCUGGGGGUGGACUCCGAAGCGGAGGUUUACGACGCGGCACGCCGCUGGGCCGAGCACCAACCCAUGGACCGCUACGUCCACAUGCCGGCGCUGCUCCACCACCUGCGGCCGGGGCUGCUGUCUCAGGAGGAGAGCCGAAGACUCUGCCAGGAGUUGGGGCCCGCCGCGGCGGGCGAGGGCCUCGGGGGGCCACUGAGACCACGGGAGGGCAUGUUUGAAAAGAAGAUCGUCUGCGUGGACCUGACGCCUCGGGAAGAGGAGAAUUUAGCCGCGAGAGACUACACGGUGGACUGCUUUGACCCUCGGACAGGGAAGUGGGAGAAGCUAGCAGCGCUGGGUUCACUGGUCAGUCCCGGCUGCACGGCUGUAGGUGACCGGCUGUUUGUCGCGGGCGGGAUCCUGCGGACGGGCUCCGUGUCUGCAGCCGUGCAUGAAUACGACGCCGUGUUGGACCGCUGGAUAGAGCGGCCUUCCAUGGUCCAGCCGCGGGCGAUGUUUGGCCUGCUCGGCUGCGGAGAGUCGUUAUUUGCCUUGGGGGGUAGUAACCGCUCGGCCCUGCUGGACUCCAGUGAGACCCUGGAGCUCACGACGCUCAAGUGGACUCCGGGGCCUCGGUUACCGCUCCCUCUGCGCGCCUUUGCCUGCGCAGCAUUACGUGGGCGCCUUUACCUCCUGGGCGGAACCACACUUGAACAGAACCGGGCUGUGGUCCACUCGGGGGUGCUUAUUUAUCACACGCUAACUGACUGCUGGACACGAGUGGCUCUGGACUCCGGCGCCACCUGCCUCGCCGGAGGGGUGGCGGUGCGAGGAGGCGUGUGCGCCAUCGGGGGUUACAUGAGGGACACGACCAAGUUCCUGGAUGGAAACUACACCAACCUGGAGACUUUGGACGCCACUGGCCGCGUGCUGUUUUUCAGAGAGGGCCGGGGGUCCGGGGUAGAGCGGGAGGUGACGGGGGGAGGGGUGAUGGUCACCGCAGAGCAGCGGGGGGGUGCGGGGGGCGGGAGCGACCGAGCCCCGAGCCCCGUGGUGUUCCCCGGGCUUCCGCGGCGUAUCGCGGCAGGGGGCGUGGCCAGGUGGAAACGCAGGAUUUACGUGCUGGGCGGGGAGAACGGCUCCCGGUUCUAUGACAGCGUGUACUGCUGGAAGCCCGGCUGGCGCAGCUGGGUCCAGAGGCGCGAGAAACUCCCAGGGGACACUGGAGGGGUGAGCCAGUUCGGGUGCACCACUUUAAAGUUCCCCAAGAAACACAUCCUGUCCAGACUGAGACUAGCCAAAGAAAACUGCAAGAAGGCAGCCGACUAGCUCGAUGAGGCGGAGACCUCACGACAAAGUCACAAAAGAAGGGACCAUUUUAUGCGAGUGCAGCCCAGAGUCACCCUACGAUGGAAUGGAUGCAGGAGGAUCGUAUAAAAUGUGAGUGGAGCCAGAAACUGGUUGGAAAAAGUCAUGGAAACAUGCACCUGAAUGUCACCCAAUCCACUAACUUGUAAGAACAGUAAAGUCGUUUUGAGAAGGCCUUUUUUUUAAUUCAUUGUUUUCUAUGUAAUGUUUAUUUUUUACGGCUGCUUUGAAAACCUGUUUUGAAUGCUGCGUUUAGUUUAGACACAAGGACACCGGCACAUCUCUGACGCUAUGUUCCACUUCAUUCCCCUAAACCGUGUUGUUGUUGUUGUUGUUGUUGUUGUUGUUGUUUCUAACCUGUAAAGCCUUGUGAAACUCCACUCAAGGGCUACAUAAACACACAGUGAAGAUGUGAGUGUUGUUCUCUCAUCUCAUUCCAGGACAUCGGUCUCAUCACCAUCAGUGGCUCAUUUCUUCAGGUUCAGACCAGAUAUGCGUCUUCUUUAUUUAUUUUUUAUACUUAAACUGCGCUCAUGUUCGGUGUUUGUAUAAAAGCCUUAAACAAGUGGAACAUAGCGGUGGGUGAACUGUGCCGGCCCCCUUGUGUCUGGACUAGUGCACCUUUCCUAAACCUUGACUUGUUUCACUUUCUGCAGCCACGGGACUCGUGAAUGUGUUUCCGCUUUUGGGAGUUUAUGGAUUCAUCUGAACACAUUAGCAAUGCACCUUUUUAUUUAUUGAAAUGUAUUUUAGAUCUGAAAGUGACUGAGGGUUGUUUUUUAAAAAUUUAAAUUACUUGAAUUCUGAUUGUUUUCUUUAAUGAAAGGUGAGAAAGCACAUAGUUUUUUUUUCCGCUGUGAGCCGUUAUGUUUUUCUUCUUAUUUAUUCACAUUGAUCAGAUCCAGACUCGCCAGCUGUGUCAUUAGAUCAAAAUUAUAUAUUUUGGGGUUUGUUGCACCCCAACUUCCAAAAUGGAGGCUUUUUAAAGUUGAAACUUGUUGAAAAGCAAUAAUGUGUUAAACAAAACCAUUGAAGCCAAAUUCAUGUAGCUCCUCACAUUUGUGAGGUCUUCUUGGGAGGUGAAGAAUAUCCCGUCAUCAUCAUCAUCAUCAUCAUCAUCAUCAUCACACGCGCCACAUUUUCAUUAUAAUGGCGUCUUCAUUACUGAAAAUGCAAGGUGACUAAAAAAAAUAAUAAUAUAAAUGAUAUUUCUGUUUUUUGAAAGCCCUGCAUUGGUUCUUUUUCCCAUUUCACCUUGAAAUGUCAAAUGAGCUGUGAGAGGUGUGUGUGUGUGUGCGCGCGCACGUUUUCUGCGCCGACACGUACAUCUGAAGCUGCCCUCCUUUUGUACAACUGGGUCCGGUCUGUGAGAUGGAAGCGGUGCUGUCGGGGUGAUUAAAGGACUGUUUGC